AUGUCUCGCAAAAUCAAGACCUUUACGUCUCGCCUCGAGGCGUCGUCCUACCACGCACCGGGCGGCGGCGCAGCCUAUCAGCCCCUUCGGGAGAACCUGAUCAAGAAGGUUUUGGAACAAGGCUACGAUGAGGAAACAAUGAUUGAGCACGGCGUGGUGUGGGCCGACGACCAAGAUCCUUUCGGGCACAUCAUGAACGCAGGCUUCUCCCACUUCGCGUCUUCAUGCAACUUCCGCGUGUUCGAGAGCUUUGAGGCGCAGCUCGGUGACAAGAUCAACGACUUCAUCAAUGCAAAGGGCAUCGGGGUCAUGGUCAAGCAGUUCACUGUCGACAUCAAGAGACCUGUUUCUUACCCCGACUCGAUCAUCUGUGCCAUUCGUUUGGGCGAAGUAAGACCCGACCGCUACUUCAUCACCACGACCAUGUGGUCUCUUAGGCAGCAAGCUCCAGUAGCUGAGUCGGAAGGAUGGAUCGUGUUCUUCGACUACGGCAAGGGCAAGGUUGCGAACCUGGUGGAAGCGGGGGGUGUUCAUAAGGAUCUUUACGAAGCUCUCAGUAUCAAGUGCGCGAAGAUGAACGAGACCGCCGCGGCUUGGAAAAAGGCCCAGCCUCAAAAGAAGCAGCACAAGUUGUGA